AUGCAGCAACCCUAUCCUGGAACCAACAUGGAUCCCAAUGCUAGGUUCGGACAGCAACACGGUGGAGAUCAACAACAGGUCGGAUAUUUUACCAAAAAUAAUCAGCUGAAUCCUGCCAACGACACGAGGCUUCAGCAGCAAGAAACACCUUCUCCACUUGCAGGAGGUGCUGCUCAAUCCCCAGGAAGAAAUCCCGGUGUGAUGAAACCAGCGCAGCGUCAGCCGGAAGUCCCCAAGAAGCACCUCCGGAAGUCUUUUUUGCCGGAAUCGGACGUGUAACUGCAGUCCUUCACUUCCUCAUGUAACAGAUCAUAAAAAAUACCCUUUCUCUUACCUCAAUCAAGGGUUGUGUAAAAAAUUACAGUGCACAAUAUGUGGGUCUUUGAGUGUGUAAAAGGCAAAGACUGAUUCAAAACAAAGAAACAAAAAAAAAGACCCGUUUUUGCCCCGCGCAGAGUUCAUUAGAGCUGAUUAAAUUCUGCUCUCAUAUUUGCAUGUAAGUAAACGAGUGCAUUUUCUCAUUUUCUUGACGUUGUGUGAGUGUGUUUAAUGCAAACUUUACGCGUUGUACAGGAAAUAAAUUUGUUUCAUCAAAUGAACAAUUCCG